AUGGUGAAAAGUUCUAGAACCAGUAGCCCAACCGGCCUUAACUCGGGGAUUGAAAUAUCCUCAUCCUCCAUAACACCAAUGACUAUAACAUCAGCUCCUAUUAAUAUGGUCCUUGGUAAUACCUCAUCAGUUUUGUACAGCUCCCUUAAUCAUACAACCAUCCUCUUGCAACAACAGCAACAACAACAGAAAGCUAUGGCCUCUGUUGUUUCAACAAUGCCACCAAAGAAGGAACCAGAGGAAGACUUUGAUAUUGCUGCCCUCCCUCGUACACCAAUUAAUUCCAUCACUAAAACAUCAAAAACUAAGAGAAAGAACAGUGCCUCAAAAUCAUCAACAAAACCACCAAAGGUUAAAUCGGAACCAACUUCACCAACUGAUGAUGGUGCCAAUGGUAAGAGAAAGAGUUGCAACAGAUGGACCAAGAAUGAAAAUGAACUCCUCCUCAAAGCCAUUGAAAAGUAUGGUGAAAAGAAGUGGAAUGAAAUUGCCAAGAUGGUAGCCACAAAGAAUAGCGACCAAUGUAAUCAACAUUGGUGGAGAGUCUUAAAUCCAAAGAUUUGUAAAAAACCAUGGAAUGAAGAGGAAGAUAACAUCCUCAUUGAUAAGGUCAGAGAAUUUGGUGAAAGUGCUUGGAAGAGUAUUGCUGAUUCAUUCCAAGGAAGAACUGAUAUUCAAUGCAGACACAGAUGGAUCAUGCUUAGAAAGUAUGAACAAGAAGGAAAAGGUAGACCAAUCUCGAGAACCAACAUUACCUGUAAUUCAAAUGUUCCAAUUCCAGAAAAACUCAAGGAUACCCUUGAAACUGAAGCUAAAAAGAGCUCCUCAUCCAGUAUUCAAAGUAGAAAGAAGAGAAGUGUUUCCAAUGUUAGUAGCACAGAUAGUCACCUCUCCAACGAAGGUGAUUUAUUGUGUAAUGAAGAUCCUUUCCAAAUGAUUACCACCUCAACAACAAGUCAACAACAACUUAUCAUUAGACCAUCAUCAGCUCCUCUCAUAAAAUCAGAAAAGAGACAAGACUUUGAUAUUAGAAAUGCUCCAAUUAGCUUGGAAGAUGAUCUAGUUGACGAGUCAGUGUACAACUUUGACCAACAGGAAAUUCUUCUCUGUGAAGGUUCAGCCAUUGUUCCAUACGAAUGUAAAUUAGAUGUUGCCUCACCAACCUAUCAACAAGAAUCAUAUGAUGAAACUUGUUUUGAUAAUUGUCAAGAUGAAGAUGAAUUUAUCAGAAGAGAAAUUGAAAUUGAAGAAAGAAUGUUCAAUUUACAAUCUAAUGGUGUUUCUACAUCCGAUUUCUCUGAUGACCAAAUGAUGAUUCUUGGUGGUAGAAGCGAUCCGAGCAAGGAGUUGGCCAAUGUUUUUGCUGAGUGGAAUGAUUUUGUUUGUGAAUUUAUGCCUGUCAAUGAUAGUAGAAGCUCAUCAAGACAAUCCUACUUGAGUGAUACUAACUUUGAUGGUUUUUAAAUGUUAUCAAGAUGAUGUUAAAAGUUAUCAUCAUUGUCAUGGAUAACGUUUUUGAUGAUCAGGAAAUAUUUUAACAAAUUGUAGGUGAUGAAGUUCUUCAUAAUACUGCUCACUGUUAGUUAGCACUUCCCUAAGAAGAAGAAUAAUUUGAUAACACCCUCUGUUAUUGUCAUCUGAUGAUGAAAAUAAUUGUAAGAGAGUUCAUCCCAAGUUUUUAAAAACAACACCUUGUUCUAUUUUUAAAGAAUUGUAAAGAGAAAGAACUUGUGCUGAAUAAAAUUUUAUUAAC